GCCAGCCUUCCGAGGCCGCUCCGCGAUCGCAGCCUCUCUCCCACCCCAUCCCCUCCCCCUCACCAUGGCUCUUCCCGCGCGUCUUCUCGCACGCGCUGCACCGGCAGUGCGCUCCGGCGCUGCGGCGCCGCGCGCCCUUGCUGCGGCCUCGCGCGCCCUCUCCUCGGCGGCGCCGCGUGCCAACAUCCAGGGCGUGGCGGGCGACAAGGUCAACCCGCACUCGCCCUUCCCGCUCUCGCCCGGCGAGAACCAGGCGGAGAAGUACCGGGACAUCAUCAAGGGCCUGCACGACUACGGCGCCUACAUCACCAGCUGCCUGCCCAAGUUCAUCCAGCAGUUCUCCGUGGUCAAGGACGAGCUGACGCUGUACAUUGCGCCGUCUGCGGUGGAGCCGGUGCUGCUGUUCCUGCGCGACCACGCGCAGACGCAGUUCAAGGCGUGCAUGGACAUCAGCGGCGCCGACUACCCGACGCGCAGCCAGCGCUUCGAGGUCGUGUACCACCUGCUGAGCGUGCGCUACAACGCGCGCAUCCGCGUCAAGACGUACGCCGACGAGGUGACGCCCGUGCCCUCGGCCACGGGCAUCUUCCGCAGUGCCGACUGGUACGAGCGCGAGAUCUGGGACAUGUACGGCGUCUUCUUCGUCGGCCACCCCGACCUGCGCCGCAUCCUCACCGACUACGGCUUCGAGGGCCACCCGCUGCGCAAGGACUUCCCCCUCUCGGGCUACUCCGAGGUGCGCUACGACGAGGAGAAGAAGCGUGUCGUGCACGAGCCGCUGCAGCUGGCGCAGGCAUUCCGCGACUUCAGCGGCACCAGCCCGUGGGAGCAGGUCGGCGAGGGCAAGAACUACCAGCCGCAGGGCUACACGCUUGUGCCGCCGAAGGAGGAGAAGGAGCCGGAGAAGAAGUGAGCGCGCAGACGGACCGGGCUGGCGCGAUGGGGCGAAGAGGGUCUGGCACGCGUCUGCCAGUCGUCUGCUCGACUCUUGUGCCUCCUGCUGUGCUGUUCCGUGCUUCCUCUUGCAAUCAGAUCUAGAUACAG